AUGCUUGGGAUUUUUAGCAUUAAAGAUGCUUUAGAACGUGCAGAAAAAGCUAAUUUAGAUUUAGUAGAAAUUUCUCCAAAUGCUGAGCCACCUGUAUGUAAAAUCUUAGAUUUUGGUAAAUAUAAAUAUGAAAAUAAAAAACGUAUUCAUGAUGCUAAGAAAAAACAAAAAGCAGUUGUGCUUAAGGAAAUGAAAUUUAAGCCAAAUAUCAGUCAAGGUGAUUUUGAAAUAAAACUUCGGAAAAUAAAGGAUUUUUUAAAAGAAGGAGAUAAAGUAAAAAUUUCUUUAUGGUUUAAAGGCAGAGAAAUUAUCCAUACCGAUAUUGGCAUGAAACUAUUUGCCCGCAUAACCCUAGAUCUUGAGGGUAUUGCUAAAAUAGAUUCAGCACCUAAAAUGGAAGGCAAGCAGAUAACGAUGUUAGUAAGCCCUGACACCUUAAAAAUUCACUAAAUAAGAAUUGAUACUUAUGCCAAUAAAAAUCUUAAUGCCUGCUUUGUCUCCUACAAUGCUAGAAGGGAAUAUUGCCAAGUGGUUAAAACAGGAAGGAGAUAAAAUUGUUCCUGGAGAUAUUAUCGCAGAGAUAGAGACUGACAAAGCGACUAUGGAAAUAGAAGCCAUAGAAGAAGGAGUUUUAAGUAAAAUUAUUAUUCCGCAGGGUACAGAAAAUGUACCAGUAAAUUCUCUGAUAGCUAUUCUACUUGAGGAAGGAGAAGAUCGCACAUCAAUAGAUAAUUUUCUUCAAAACAAUUCUACCCCUGCAGCAAUGCCAAAUGCAGACUCUAAACUACUAGAACAAGAUAAAGUAAUACCGAUAGGUUCCUUGCCUCCGUUGCCUAUUAAUAAUAACUCGAGAAUAUUUGCUUCGCCCUUAGCUAAAAGACUCGCAGUUCUGGAAAACAUAGAUCUUACCCAACUACAAGGUAGCGGCCCACAAGGCAGAAUAGUAAAACAAGAUGUAAUUUCUUAUUCCUC